GCUUCCUUCGUCAUCUCUUCCGGCUUUGUAUCACGAGACGCACUGUAUCAUAUAUUAACUAAAACUACUUUAGAGGCAUGGUCCGCAAGUUUGAGACCUAUACCUUCUCAUCAGAGAAGUUCUUUGCCGAUAGAGGCCCAUAUAACACUGCUCAACCUAUUACAGAGAGGGUCAAUCCGCACUCACGCCCAAUAGUCUCUUAUUACUUCCCAAAGGGUGUUGGUGAACAUCACUAUGGAGAACGCCAUCCGAUGAAGCCACACCGACUGUCUUUAACCAACGCGCUCGUCAUGGGCUAUGGACUGGACAAGCAAAUUCACUUCAUGCACGAUCCACGACCAGCAACACGAACCGAACUCGAAGUUUACCAUGAUCCGGAAUAUCUUGACUUUCUCGCCAAGGUGACACCAGGAAAUCAAGACGACAUGCGACAUCUAAUAGACACUUUCAACUGCGUUGAAGACUGCCCCGUCUUCGGCGAUAUGUACGAAUUUUCUAAGAUGUACGCCGGAGGCUCACUUGCAGGAGCACGCAAGCUCUGCGCCGGGACAACCGACAUCGCCAUGAACUGGUCUGGUGGACUACAUCAUGCGAAGCGCGGCGAGGCCAGCGGGUUCUGCUACGUUAACGAUGCAGUACUUGCCAUUCUCGAGAUGCUGAAAUAUCAUCCUCGAGUGCUCUAUAUCGACAUCGACAUCCAUCACGGAGAUGGUGUUGAGCUCGCUUUCUACCAUUCUAACCGCGUCAUGACAGUCUCCUUCCAUAAAUACACCGGCGACUUCUUUCCCGGCACCGGGAAGCUAGACGACAACGGCGCCGGCCUUGGUAAACACUUCUGUCUCAACGUCCCUCUUCAGGACGGGAUCACAGACGAGAUGUAUCUCAGCGUAUUCAAGACUGUCAUCGGUGACACCGUUACCACCUUCCAACCGUCCUGCAUCCUUCUCCAAUGUGGCGCCGAUUCGCUCGGACUGGAUCGGCUGGGAGCCUUCAACCUUUCCAUCGCGGCCCACGGAGAGUGUGUAAACUUUGUACGAAAGUUUAACGUUCCGUUGUUGGUUGUAGGUGGUGGUGGUUAUACGGUGAAGAACGUGAGUAGAUGUUGGACGUACGAGACUGCGGUUCUUGUCGGUGCCGAAUUAGCGGAUGAAGUCCCAGCAACGGUCUACGACGCUUUCUUCCAGGAUUCAGCGUGGAAACUUCAUCCACCACUCACCGGAAAAGUCGAGAAUCAGAAUUCGCCGGCCUCGUUACAACGCAUCACUAUCGGUAUUAGGGAGAAGUUACGGUAUUUGAAGGGCGCGCCUAGUGUCGCGAUGAGGGAGAUUCCGCCUGGGCUGGAGGAGUGGUUGGCUGAAGAAGCAAAGACUCCGGAGGAGAGAGAGGAAGAGGUGGGAACUGCAAAUGUUGGUGAGAAGAGGCCUUCCGAUAAAACGAUGGCGAGGAACGAGUAUUAUGAUGGGGAGAAUGAUGUGGACCAGGAUGAUGUCGGUUCCAACGGGACGGGUACCUCGGUCUCGGUUAAGGUAAGGGGUGCAUCUUCAGGGAGGAGGGCGAGGGGAGGCAGAAGGGGAAGGGGCAGAGGCAGAGGAAGGGGUGGCGCGGGACCUAGUAGUCUGCGGGAGGAGAUUGAUGAGGAUGCGGAGGAUGUGGCAUCGACGGCCACGAGACCUACACGAGCACGGAGAGCACGAGGAAGGAGUCGUGGUCGUGGUCGUGGUAAAACACGAGAGAAGGAUGAUGAGAGGGAGAAGGAAAGAGAUCAAGAUCCGGAUAAUGUGAGUAUGGAGACAGAAACGAACCCGGGCACAGAACCACCAACGCCGAUGGACCCUCCCAUGGAUUUAGACGUUGAGGUAUAA